AUAUUAAUCUUGUCCUGUUUGCAGGGGAACAAAACAACACCACUGGGUUGAUCGCCAGAGGGAGAGAGACAUGAGUUCCGGCGGCCCUCUUCUCUGCAUAGGCGACCUGCUGAGGGACGUUGGGGAGGGAAGCACCGUAGAUAGUCCACGGGAAAGCAUAGUUUCCGGUGAACCAUCGUCUUCAAUUCAACAGCCCCUCGAUCUCCAAGUCCUGUUUGAGGCGAAUUAUAACCAGCUCAAUGCAGCUCUGGAGAGCUCGGAUCACUCGUGGACUGGUCUUACUCUCAAGUUGUGCAGUGUGCUGGAAACAGCUGAUAAGUUGGUGAAGGAAGUAAGCACAAGGGCUCGGCUGCUGGUAGAGAAGUUUGACACACUAGAGAAGGUUUUGGGGCGAGAAAAUUCAGUCGUCUCUGAAGCGAAGACAGUGUUUGCUACACCUAGACAAUGGCAUGAGCAAAAGUGAAAAGCCUCAUUGGACAUAAAGUUGGUUACGCAUGUGUCUGUGUGUGUGUGUGUGUGUGUGUGUGAGAGAGAGAGAGAGAGAGAGAAAGAGAGGUAAUGCCAGGGUAUGGACAAUUUGCUUCCCUUGUACAUUCAGGCUGACUAUUUCCAAUGCUUCAUUUGCACAAGUGACCUGAGAUUUUUUUUUGGGGUUAGCCUACCAUUCAACUAGAACAGCUGAUGGAGUUACUAGACAGAAGAGCAGGCCGAGCCCAUCACCGCAUGGAACUGCUGAUAAGGCCUGUCUUGCAAGCGGCUAUGGUGACGUUUGAGGUUGUGACCUAGGGCAUUUUGGCCAUCAUCUCCUUCAGUUAUGCCAACACCUUUAAGUCUCUCUCCACACACACACAGCGAGAGAGUUUGAUUGUGCGGAUUUUUGUUAUUGAUUAAAAGAUAAAUAUAUUUUUUAA